CCAGAGCUGGGCAGAGCUGUGGCUGCAAGGCAGAAACUGGAGACACAACUCACAGAGAACAACAUCGUCCAGGAGGAGCUGAACCUCUUGGACUCCUCCAACACCAUUUUCAAGCUCCUGGGCCCAGUUCUAGUCAAACAAGACUUGGAAGAAGCCAAAACCACCGUGGGAAAACGCUUGGAAUACAUCUCUGGAGAAAUGAAACGUUACGAGCAGCAGAUGCAGGAGCUGGAGAGACGCUCGGAGCAGCAACGGGAGGUGCUGGGGAAGCUCCAACAGGAGCUUCAGGGCAAAUCUUGA